AGGCUCUGUUCUGUUCCGUUCCGUUCCGUUCCAGGUUUUCUUUUGUUUUUGCUUCAGAACAUUCUGUCACCGACGUCUUCUAACCCGUUCAUCACUGAGCGGUCAACGUGUGGAUUCUGGUGAUCUGUGAAGCCGUAACAGAAACCGUUUAUAUCGCGAUGAGUGUGGAGGCGUACGGGCCGAGCUCGCAGACCCUUACUUUCCUGGACACCGAGGAAACUGAGCUACUUGGAGCGGAUACCCAGGGCUCCGAGUACGACUUCACCGACUUCACUCUUCCGAGUCAAACGCAGACUCAAGGCCAGACCCAGAGCCAGCUAGACGGUCAGGUGAACGGUCCUGAUGCGGGGCUGCUUAACGGAGGAGUGGAUGAUUCUGUGGUCAAAGCCAGCCAGUUGUUGGGGGAACUCAACUUCGAGGAGGACGAGGAGGAUACCUAUUACACGAAAGAUCUGCCUGUCCACGCUUGCAGCUAUUGUGGGAUCCAUGACCCGGCAUGUGUGGUGUACUGCAAUACCAGCAAGAAGUGGUUCUGCAAUGGACGAGGAAACACAUCUGGCAGCCACAUUGUAAAUCAUUUGGUGAGGGCCAAAUGCAAAGAGGUGACACUGCAUAAAGAUGGGCCCCUUGGUGAGACUGUACUCGAGUGUUACAACUGCGGCUGCAGAAAUGUCUUCCUCCUGGGCUUUAUUCCGGCCAAGGCUGAUUCAGUGGUGGUGCUCCUGUGCAGGCAGCCCUGUGCUAGCCAGAGUAGCCUGAAGGACAUCAAUUGGGACAGCUCCCAGUGGCAGCCACUGAUCCAGGACCGCUGCUUUCUGUCCUGGCUGGUGAAAAUCCCGUCGGAGCAGGAGCAGCUUCGUGCCCGUCAGAUUGCUGCUCAGCAGAUCAACAAGCUGGAGGAGCUCUGGAAGGACAACCCUAGUGCCACCUUGGAAGACCUGGAGAAACCUGGUGUGGACGAGGAGCCCCAGCAUGUGCUGCUACGCUAUGAGGAUGCUUACCAGUACCAGAACAUAUUUGGCCCAUUGGUCAAACUGGAGGCUGAUUAUGACAAGAAGCUCAAGGAGUCCCAGACCCAGGACAAUAUAACAGUCAGGUGGGACCUGGGACUGAAUAAAAAGCGGAUUGCCUAUUUCACACUGCCUAAGACGGACUCAGAUAUGAGGCUGAUGCAAGGUGAUGAGAUCUGUCUGCGAUACAAAGGAGAUCUGGCCCCACUGUGGAAAGGCAUUGGUCAUGUCAUCAAAGUUCCGGACAACUAUGGAGAUGAAAUUGCCAUUGAGUUACGGAGCAGCGCUGGAGCACCUGUGGAAAUCCCGCACAACUUCCAGGUGGAUUUUGUGUGGAAAUCCACUUCCUUUGAUAGGAUGCAGAGUGCUUUGAAGACAUUUGCAGUGGAUGAGACCUCUGUGUCUGGAUACAUUUACCACAAACUGCUGGGCCAUGAGGUGGAGGAUCUCACCAAGUGCCAGCUGCCUACGUUCACUGCUCAGGGCCUGCCUGACCUCAACCACUCACAGGUGUAUGCUGUGAAGACGGUGCUGCAGCGACCUCUCAGCCUGAUCCAGGGUCCUCCUGGCACUGGGAAGACUGUGACCUCUGCGACUAUUGUAUACCACCUGUCUCGGCAGGGAAAUGGAUUGACUUGUAUAAAUCUUGUCCGUCUGCUUCAUUGUUCCUCUGUUUUGUUCAGCAUGCCAGAACUUCAGAAACUGCAGCAGCUGAAGGAUGAAACUGGUGAGCUGUCUUCUGCUGAUGAGAAACGAUACAGAGCUUUAAAACGCACCGCUGAGAGGGAGCUGCUCAUGAAUGCUGAUGUGAUUUGCUGUACCUGUGUUGGAGCGGGUGACCCUCGCCUGGCCAAGAUGCAAUUCCGCUCUAUCCUGAUCGAUGAGAGCACCCAGGCCACUGAGCCGGAGUGCAUGGUGCCCGUGGUACUUGGAGCCAAGCAGCUCAUACUGGUGGGUGACCACUGCCAGUUGGGUCCUGUGGUGAUGUGUAAGAAAGCGGCCAAAGCGGGACUCUCCCAGUCACUGUUUGAGCGCUUGGUGGUUCUGGGGAUCCGUCCAAUCCGCCUGCAGGUCCAGUACCGGAUGCACCCGGCUCUCAGUGCGUUCCCCUCCAACAUUUUCUAUGAGGGUUCUCUGCAGAAUGGAGUCACUGCAGCUGACCGCAUCAAGAAAGGCUUUGACUUCCAAUGGCCACAACCCGAUAAGCCUAUGUUCUUCUAUGUGACUCAGGGCCAGGAGGAGAUUGCCAGCUCCGGAACCUCCUACCUUAACAGGACUGAGGCCGCCAACGUGGAGAAAAUUACCACCAGACUCUUGAAAGCAGGAGCCAAGCCUGACCAGAUAGGCAUUAUCACCCCGUAUGAGGGCCAGCGCUCCUACCUGGUUCAGUACAUGCAGUUCAGCGGCUCUCUGCACACCAAACUUUAUCAGCAAGUGGAAAUUGCCAGCGUGGAUGCCUUCCAGGGCAGAGAGAAAGACUUCAUCAUUCUGUCAUGUGUCCGCGCCAAUGAGCACCAGGGCAUCGGCUUCCUCAACGACCCUCGUCGUCUCAAUGUGGCGCUGACCAGAGCCAAGUAUGGCGUCAUCAUUGUGGGGAAUCCCAAAGCUCUGUCUAAGCAGCCUCUGUGGAACAAUCUGCUGAACAACUACAAAGAGCAGAAGGUUCUCGUGGAGGGGCCUCUGAACAACCUGAGGGAGAGCCUCAUGCAGUUCAGCAAGCCCCGCAAGCUGGUCAACACCAUCAACCCGGGGGGACGUUUCAUGAGCACUGCAAUGUAUGAUGCCCGUGAAGCCCUCAUCCCUGGUUCUGCCUAUGACCGCAGUAAUGCAGCCGGACGUCCGUCCAACAUGUACUUUCAAACUCAUGACCAGAUUGGAAUGAUUGGUGGGGGUCCCGGUCAAAUGGCUGCUAUGAACAUCCCCAUACCUUUCAACCUGGUGAUGCCACCGUUACCUCCACCCAGCUACCUGGGCCAGACCAACGGUCCCGCCGCCGGUCGUGGUGCUAUGAAAGGAAAGCCUGGGCGUGGUGGACGACAGAGAGCUCGGGGCACAGCAAACCACGGCUCCAGUCAGGGUAAUGGGCUCAUCAGUCAGGCCAGUCAGGAUGGGGCCUCUCAGUCCUUUUCCCAGGGGCCGCUGACGCAGGGCUACAUCUCCAUGAGCCAGCCAUCACAGAUGAGCCAGCCUGGCCUCUCCCAGCCCGAGCUAUCACAGGACAGCUACCUAGGCGACGAGUUCAAGUCCCAAAUCGACAUUGCAUUGUCCCAGGACUCAACUUACCAGGGUGAACGUGCUUACCAACAUGGUGGAGUGACCGGCCUGUCACAGUAUUAAACACCGCUGAGUGAAAGCGACGGGAUAGCGAAACCAAAACCAAUGACCAGCGAGAGACGUAAGAGGGCAGACGGCAAGAGAGGCCGAGCGAGAGGCGGGGACCGACGCCCGUGAGGAGGAAAGUCAAGAAAAUGGCGGUGUGGUCGAGCUGCUGCGGGAAACGGAGGGGAGAUCUCGACGGUCUCUUGUGGAAACCAAAUGAGGCUCAUAAUAAUCCGACAAACCCCUUUUCACUCAACGCCUCCAGGAAAGCUGUUUUAAAACGUUUUCACGUGUCAAGACGGGGAGCAGAGAAACAUCUGCCUCUGAAGGGAUCAGCUCAAAAGUUGGUCGGUAACUCGACCUUCGCAAUGUCCUGGACUCUAAUCGAAAUUUGGUUUAUAGUGGGAGGAGAGCGGAACCAACAAUCCUCUGCUGGGUCCACAAAACCUCAGCGGCGUCUGACGGGCAAGGCAGUCGACACUUUUCUGAGGGGAGAAAAAAAAAAAAAUUACGCCGACUGCUCGAGUCUGCUAUUAAAGAGCCUUGAAGGGAAAUGCCUUCGGUUUGCCUCGAAACACUGGCUCUUUUGCCACACCCCCCCCAACGGGUGGAUCGGACCACACGGUGGCGGCGGAGCAGCACGGAGGAUUUCAGACUGCUUUUCAAGGCGCUAUGCACGAAUCCUGCUGAUUUCGUGAUCAAGGGACAGACUUUUCUCCUCUGAUGUACCUUUCUUAUCACAGAGCACAAAUUUGGGAGGAAAAAAGUCAUCAGAACUAUCAAACAUGACCAGCAUUUAAUCGACUGUUUUUGAUGUUUGCAGUAUAGGCUUUUCUUUUGUGUUAAUCUCUUGAAAGAAUGAGUUGCUGAUGUGUAGCUUAGAUGGGCAAAGGCUGGCAGGCUUUUCACAGCUAGAGUCCUCUAAGGAAAGAGGGUUCAGCUUAUUUGCAGGCAGUCAUGCCAGCGGACCGCAGGUAAGGAUAGAAGAAGGUGGCUGAACAGAAGGACACACCGUUAAAAUCAGGGCCUUGGUUCACUGGCCAGUCAUGAUACAUGUGAUGUGCUUGUAUACGUGCCACAUUCUGAUUUCUAAGUCCGUUCCAGCUAUUGACAAUUUCAUCAAUUAGUCAAAAACAAUUGGAAAUUAUGUCAAUUAAAGGUGCAUUAUGGAGUUUCAGCCUUCUUCUUGUUCUGGGAGCUG